AACGACGGGUAAACAAAUUGGUUCAAAGAGAAGCUCAAACAUUCCAAUUAUGUCUGCAGAAGCAGUUGUUUUUGUGUAGCUUACCUCUCUUGCAACAGUGGCAAGUAAAUAAAGUAUACGAUUUGUUUCAAUUAAUUGUGCCAAAAGCCGCUCACAAGAUGAUACAGAACGAGAACAAUCGGGCACAGAUGGUGAAGAUGCGCAUGCUGCGCGAGUUCAACAUUAAGGUGAUCGACAAGUGGUUGUCCGAAUGUGUGUCCUUCUGUCUGCAGGAAAAUCCGAAAAUGUCCAACGAAGGUAUAUUUCAAUUUGCGUUCAGCCAGUGGUUGUUGGCUGAUCUGAACGAGAUUGGAACCGCGGUGCUACCACCGGGGAUGGAAAUGAAUAUGGAGCAACACACGCUGAAAGGAUCGUUUCCGCUUCAGAUGCAGUACCUGAUUGAUAUCUCCGAACCAGCAUACGACCAAUGGAGAGCUUUGUACGACAAAAAGCUUGACGAGGCCGAUGAUGAGGUGCAGAUGAGAAAGAAUCAGGCACCGAAAGUAAAGAAACGAAGGAUGCUAAAACUCGAACUUACGGACGGAAAGCAAACGGUACUUGCGAUGGAACACAGUCCAAUCAGUUGCUUAACCACAAAGCUGACACCCGGCUUGAAACUGCUCCUAACCGGACCGAUGCGAUGCGUGAACAAAGUCAUCUUGCUCGAGCCACGAAAUGUGCGUGUGCUCGGUGGCGAGGUUGACGUACUGCUGAUAACGAAUGCGUACGAAAAUGUGCUACUUCGUGUGUUGAACAAACCGGCUAACCCCAAUCCGAAGUUGGAUUACGAAGAAAUCCAAGUUUCGGAGAGUAUAAAUCGUCCAAAUCACAAAACAAUCCAAUCAAUCCCAAUGGUGCAGAGUACAGCGUGUCCAGAGCGGAAAGUAAAUCAAAGAAAAUCUCCCACCGUGGCCGAAGUCGACGAUGUGGACGAUUCUCUGCUGAUGGGAAUCGAUUUAGAUGUGAUCGAAGCGAGUCAGCCAAAACCGGACCAGGUACCGACAGUCAGCACACUGAUGGAUGAUGAUGACAUGGAUGACGUUGUGCAGCUGGUUGAGGUGCGCAGUGAACCGCAAAUUAUGCACCAGCAGGUAUCCUCCACCAAGCGUUCACAGUCAUCACCGGUUGUGGUGGAAAUUACUUCUCCCAUCCGUAAAAAACCGACCUAUGAUGGAUUAUUCGAGGAUGAUAUCGAUAUGAUGAACUCUUUGGAGAAUGAAAUUCGCAACGAGAUGAGAACCUUCGAAUCGUACCCAGUGCCUGAUGAGAAGCUGGAUGAAAUAGAUCCUCCCCAGGCCAAGAAAGCUAGACCGUCUGAUGAGUAUCGGGCUGAACGGCACGACGAAACUCCCAAAGCUUCGCUAAUCGCACGAUUGCCGACAGCUUCUUGCAGCGCAUACACAUCCAACGAUAGAAAUAAGCACCCAGAACCACAACCUUCUACGAGCAAAAAGUUCAAUCAGUUUGAUACCUCGAAUCUGUUCGAAGAUAGCAUGGAUUGCACGGAUGAGGUAGAGUUUGUUAACGCACCAAACACCUUCAAAAUACUUUCGCCCGACUACAAGUAUCGGAUCGACGGCACAAGUUUAGUGACAAUCGAACAAAUUAUGUCGCUACCGGAAGCGUCCCGUACCGGCACCAGUUUCGUGGUGUACUGUGAAGUGGAAAGCGUCACAGAACAACCCCGCAUCCGCAAAGGACAGUGGCACCUUAGCAUCGAGCUGACGGACCAUUCGAAUGUGUGUCUGCCGGUACGAUUGCAUGAUAACGUCAUCAGUAAGAUGGCAAGGCACGAUGCGGGUGAGUUGAUGCGAAUGCGCAAAACCGAUCGCGAAGGUGUAAUGAAGCUGCUCGAUUCGAUCUUGACGGAUUUUAAGGAUCUUUUGCAGAAGAUUAAAUGUUUCUGGCGGAUAAUUUACCAAGCCGAUAGCGACACUCAAGAACCACCGGUAGUGAUGGAAACGUACGAAAUGAACGAAGAACGGGGAGCCAUUUUAUUGGAUAAGAUUAUUCAGGAAAACUGUAGUCAGUUAAGAAAAAUGUUAUAG